AUGAAUAAAAACAUCCUCCUGAUCAUAGCUGCCCUUGCCCUUGCCCUCAUCCAGAGCUCCACGGCAGGGGAUCCCGACAUCCUCACCGACUUCAUCCUCCCACUAAACACGCCACCCCCGGCCGACGGGGGAUUCUUCACCUUCACCGGGUUCCGGCCCCUUGUGACAGCCCCAUUCCCUCCGACAUUCAAGGUGUUCAAGGCCGGCAUGGAGCAGUUCCCCGCGCUGAACGGGCAAAGCGUCUCCUACGCGGUGCUGAUGUACCCCUCGGGCACGGUGAACCCGGUCCACACGCACCCGCGGUCGGCUGAGCUCCUCUUCCUCGUGCAGGGCUCCCUGGAGGUGGGGUUCGUCGACUCCACCAACAAGCUGUACACGCAGAACCUUCAGCAAGGGGAUGUUUUCGUGUUUCCGAAAGGACUGGUGCACUUCCAGUACAACGCAGACGCGAAGAAUCCGGCCGUAGCCAUCUCCGCCUUCGGGAGUGCGAAUGCGGGAACUGUUUCGCUGCCAAACACUCUGUUUAACACCACCAUUGAUGACACUGUUUUGGCUCUGUCGUUCAAGACUGAUGUUGCCACCAUUCAGAAACUCAAAGCUGGCUUGCACGGAUAGAACCAGUUCAAACUAGUGUGUUUGUUGAUUUUUAUUGUGGAAUAAAUGGAGCUAUUAUUUUUAUUUC